UACAAAUGAUUCGAAAAUUUGUCAGAUCCUCCUGAUGACUAUUGAAGAUAACAAAAUGUUUGAUCAUAUCCUUGAGGAAUUUCAGGCAAAACAUACAGUUUUGUAUUUUAAUUCUUCGUUUAUUGCAAAAAACGAAAAGCACUUCAACAAAAUCGGAUUAAUGCCAUAUCCCAGAAAUACUCUGGUCACAAUUGUUGCAACACUGACAAAGUCAAAUUUCUCCGAAUUUGAGAAAAUGCUAGAAUUUGUUGGUAACUCCUCCGGAAUACUUACUCGACCAAAAUGUCUAAUUAUCAUCUUCUUGGAUGUUGACCAUCCUUUAAUUUACAAAGAAUUUCUUGACCGAAUGUGGAAGAAUUUAUUCCUCGACCUCACGAUUUUGGAAGUUCUUCAAGAAAAUGUCACUAUUCAUCAACUUAAUCCUUUCAUUUCCUAUACAACAAGAUCAUUUUCUCGCCAAACUGAACUAUUUCCGGACAAGUUAAAAAAUCUAAAUCGAUAUCCAUUCAAAGUGGGAGUCUUUGAUUCGCCUCCAUUUUUUCUAUUGAAAUCAAAAAAUAAUUCAAUCGACAUUUCAGGACCAGAUGCAUCCGUUCUCAAAGAAUUCGCAAGAUUGAUGAAUUUUAAAAUAAGUUUCAUUCAAUCAAACGUAAGUCGUUUUGGGAAAUUUGGUUGCCUAAAAUCAAAGACAAGUGGUUUUUUACUAGAUCUAAUAGAUCACAGGAUCCGAAUGGUUGGCGGUAGAUCGAUAACCACAAAAGCUAUUUGUCCAAGAAAUCUAAUCGAAAGCAUGGAUUUCGAAAUGGAUCACUACGUAUUUCUCUUUCCACUUUUUAAGAAGACAUCAUAUCAAAUGUCAAUUGGCAGUUCCUUCUACUAUUCAUUAAUAGUGAUUGCAUUAUGUGCAACAAUAAGCUGGACUGUUGAGUAUUUUGGCAAAUUUGACAAGACAAUUUGGAACAAAUUCGCGAUUUUACAAAUUUUACUUGGAUUGGGCUUGCCGAGAGAGCCGGAGAAAUUUAAGGAGAAAUGUUUCUUCUUAGUUUUUUUGAUUACCUCUUUUUUCUGGUCGUCGAAUAUUAUUUCCUCAUUGACUGAUAUUCAAUUUCAAGUAAAAGAGGAAAUAAAAAUGAAUACUUUGACUGACUUAAUGAAGAGCGAUCUACUGAUAAGUUGUUCAUUGAAUGUUGCUCCAGAAAUGAGAAAAGUUGUUGAUAUUGAAAAAGUGGGAGAAUGGUGGAAAGAUGAGCGUAUUGUCAACUAUGAGAAUUGCAUUGAUGUGUUGCUUUCGAAACGAAAUGUCGCCUGUAUUAUGAAGUUAUCUGUUGCCGAUCAUCAGACACGAGGUACAGAUCGAAGGAAGGGUUUAAAACAUCUUGAUCAUUAUUUGUAUUCUUCGAUGAAUGCAUUUUUAAUGGAACCAGGAUCGCCGUUUAUUGGAAAAUUUUCAUCAUUGUAUUUGGAAUUGGCGAGCGCUGGACUUGUUGAGAAAUGGCAAUUUUCUGACAGAAAAAAUUCAAAUAGUGAAUCUACUGAUGAAAAUGAGGAAGAAAGUACAGAGGAAGAUGUUACUGUAAAGACAACUUCGUUUCUACUUGGAAUAAUGAUUAUUGGAUGUAGUGCAUCGUUUUUGGCAUUCUUUGGCGAAUUACUGAUGAUGAAAUGCGGCAAAAGAAGCUCCACAGCAUGGAAUUGAAUUAUAAAUUUUUAAAAAGGCUAAACUCUAAAAAUUGUGAAUGCAAUUUUUGAUAUUAUAUCAAAAUUGUUUUUACUGUUUUCCUAGUUGAUCUAUUUUCAAAAUUUACGACUACGUUAAUAUUUUAACAUUUUAUUUUAUUACUUCAUUGUAAAUGAUAUCGACGUGUUAUUAAAUUGAAAUUUCCCACUAAAGCUUUAACUAGUUUUUGCAAAUUGUAUAUUUCCUUCUACCAAAAAUCUAGGUCAAAUAUCGACUUUUCAAUCUGUAUGAUUAUUCUUUUGAUGUAGUUCU